AGUGGGCCACAGCACUACCGGGUCCGAAGACUGGGGGCGCUCUGCCCGCACUUGGGCGCAGCCAGGGUACCCGCGCGCUCGCGGGGCCCCUGCGGGAGGGGCCGCAUUUCUAUCCUGGGAAAAAUAGGGAAGCUGAGGCUACCGCAGGGAAGCGACUUGUCCUGAGUCAUGCUGCGAACCCAGAGUCAGUUCAACCGCCCGGGGCGUCGGGGAGUCCGGGGCCGGACCCCGCCAGGCUUCCCGCUACAGUCCCGCCCCUCCCCCCAGAGCUGGAGCCGAGUGAGGAACCGGCGUUGGGCUCUCCCACCCUGCGGGUCCCGAGGGGCGGGGCCACCUUAGCCCCGCCCCGGCCCUAUUGGCCGCGGCGCCAGGGGCGCGGCGCGGCUGCCAGAUGUUGGGGCGGCGGCGGCGGCGGGAGCUACGGAGCUCACGGAGCGGCGGAGCAAGGCGGAGGGCAGGGCGCCGCUGGCCGGCCAGCCAGGCCCUCUCCGCGCCGCUCCCGCCGGAGUUCCAAGAACGGGCAGGCCUGGCGGGGGCUCCGGCACAGGCAUGCACAGCGCUCGGCUUGACAGCUUCCUGAGCCAGCUCCGCUGGGAACUGCUGUGUGGCCGGGACACAGGCUCACCCCCAAUGCCUGGCCCUCUUCUGCCACCCCCCAAACGUGGCCCAGGUGUGCAGCUCAAGGCCUCAGAUGGCUUGGAAGAGAACUUGGUCUGUUGUGUGGAAGAAGAGGAAGAAGAAGCUGUGGUGACACGAGGCAGGAGUGUAGCCUUGGGGGGCCCCAGGGAGCAUGCCCUAGACUGGGACUCUGGCUUCUCGGAGGUGUCAGGCAGCACAUGGAGAGAGGAAGAGCUGCCCAUACUCCAGCACCCAGCACCCCCAGCAUGGCCCCCCCAUAGACAGAGCCUCUCGGCCAGUGGCAUGCCCCUGCCCAGAGGGGCCCCUGUGGCCAGUGCACCACCUGCUCACCGACCACGGCCCAAGUCCACCCCAGACACCUGCCUGGAGCAUUGGCGGGGGCUGGAAGCUGAGGACUGGACAGCAGCAUUGCUGAGCAGAGGUCGCAGCCGCCAGCCCCUCGUGCUGGGGGACAACUGCUUUGCUGACUUGGUGCACAACUGGAUGGAGCUGCCUGAGGCAGUGGGUGAGGAAGACGAUGCGGGUGGGCCCCGUGCCCGUGCUCGGCCCCCCCAGUUCCUGCUUGGCCUCUCUGAGCAGCUGCGGCGCCAGCUGGCCAGGGCACGCCGGGCAGCCAUGGCGGGAAAGCGACUGUCAUGCCCACCUCGCUCAGAACCCGAACUGCCAGCAGAUGUCUCACGCUUUGCAGCCCUCAUGAGCUGCCGCAGUCGCCAGCCCAUCAUCUGCAGUGAUGUCAUCAGCUACCUCUGACCCUGCCCUCCAGCCUGGGACAAUAAAGACCUUUCUUUGGA